AUGGCUGACAGCGCGAUAUCGCAAGGAUUCUCCCUCGUGGGAUGGGCAUUCUUGCCAACUUAUGCCACUAACAUCUUGCAAACCAUCUACUACCGGGUGACCAUUCCUGCCGGGCAGCGACAUCCACACCCGGGAGAGCCGCUCUUUGCAUAUCACCAUCGACGGAUUCGAGUCUUCGUCCUGUCACUCUACCUCGUCUAUACCCUCGCGCAGGCGCUGUAUGAUAUCACGUUGUCUGGCGACUUCUACAGGUUGCUCGGCGUGACACCAUGGUCAGGCGAGAAAGAGGUCAAAAGUCGGUUCAGAAGACUUGCAGCCAGAUACCACCCUGACAAACUGCAUGAGAAUGGGCAGCCGUUCCCUAGCGCCGACGCAGUGUUUGUUCGCUACAAGCUAGCACACGAUACCAUAUUGGAUCCUGCAAAGCGAUUCGCAUACGACCGAUUUGGGCCGGUCAUUGUGCAGGUGCAGCACCCAGGACUGAAGACCAUCAAGGAUUAUGUCUACGCUGGCCUGCGCUCAAAGGCUCCUGAGUACCUGUCCAACGCGGGGGUGCUUAUUCUACUGAACUACAUCUGGCUACCUAAAUGGGGCCAGUUCUGGCGGUAUUUUGCAGUCGCCUGUAUGGCGUUUCUCGAGCUAUACUUCCUAACACACGUCUGGGAGCCACCGAAACUCGCAUUGCUCUGGGCCUCUACGGCCCAGAAGUUGCUGCCAGACCUGCUGCCGCCUCAUCUCCUACCCUACCAGGUAUUGGGCUUGGCCAGGCGGAUGUCCAUGUCCAUAAACAUAUUCAUCUCCCAGCUUGCACCGCCCAAAGCAAGAGACCCUGCCAUGCGUGAUAUGCAAACACAACAGCAGAUUGCACACCUUGCUCAGGCGGCCAGCCGGCUGGACGCCGAGACAGGAGGUUUGCUUCAGCUAGCCAUGAGUCCGUUCCGAGGAGAGGGUGAAAAGGCGGAGAUUUUGAGGUCUGGGAUGAAGGAAUCCUUGGUGACAAGUACCUUGAGGAGACAUCCGGAAGUAAGAGCGGCUGUGCAAAGAGUCCUGGAUCGCAGGAGGGGCGCGGCCAUCAUGCAGGAACGCGGCGAGUCGGUCUCGUAA